AUGGGCCUCAUUUCUUCUUCACUCUUCGCCCCAACUACCCACUCCUCCCACCCCAUUCUUGAGUCUAGUCCUGACACCGGCCAGCCAAUCCUUCGCUCUGUCCAUCUCCUCACCCAUACAACCAUACAAUCAUACAACCAUACAUCGUCUGGUGUCUUUCUAUUCACCAGCUCGGCAGUCUGUUCCGGCAUCAUAUUCUUCGACAUUUUUCCUAAAUUCCUCCUUCCGCCGGCCUCUCCGGCCGCCUGCGACGCCCCUGGUGCCCUGCUUCGGUCGGGCUCUCGUUUCCCUGUCCAUGUCCGCGUUUUUCCCAAUGUUUAUGUGUCUCUCUGUGUAUGUGUGUGCGGGCUUAGAGACAUGAAUGGGCUGGCAGGUGAGGGAGGCGAUGGACUGUCGUCUGGACGAUGCUGCACUGGAGACCGUCAGUCGAGUACUCGAGUCUCAGAUGCAUGCAGCACACACAUUCGGCCGCCAAUGUGGCCGAAGCCUAUCAUUUAUCAAUAUGAAACACGUACAACCGGACAAGUUAUUAGGAAUCCCCGUUGCCGAGCAGACGACGGCACAUCUCUCCGUUCCGGCCAAUCUCUAUUCGGUUUCUCGGAAGGUCUCUACACCCUUAUGAGUCGCUCAGCAACCGGAGGUUACCUGUGCUGUCGCUAUCCUCUGCUGCCACGGAAACAGAUAGGCUAUCAUUAG